AUGGUCUCUAGGGAUGUCCUACGGGACAAUUUUGAGAGUUCAGAAAGUACACACAUUCCUUCUGCUCCUCAUUCCUCCCAUCUCUACCUGUGCCACCUGCCAACACCCUUCCCCGCCCCUCUUUCCAUUCCCUCCCCCACCUCCACUCCACCAACGCGCAGUGCAAUUCAUGCAGGACUGCCAGACGGCAUGGGGUCAGACGUUGCCCGGGACCUACAGUCCCUCAACCUCAAAGGGCCCAUUCCGGAUUCCAUCAGCAGUCUCCGUGAGCUCUCUAUAAUAUAUCUUCAAUAUAAUCAGCUCUCUGGCUCAAUUCCUGCUACACUUGGCAUGCUUACAAACCUAAACCACAUAUCACUUGUUGUCAAUAAGCUCACUGGCACAAUCCCUGCUGCAAUCGGCAACCUUGCAAAGCUGAAAUCUCUAGAUUUCUCUAGGAAUCAACUCACUGGCACAAUUCCUGAUGGAAUGGGGAACUUUGCAGACCUGACUUCACUGGAUCUUGGUAGCAAUCAACUCACUGGCACAAUUCCUGCUUCAAUGGGGAACUUCGCAAAACUGACUUAUCUAUCACUUUCUUUCAAUCAGCUCAGUGGCACGAUUCCUGCUGCAAUCGGCAACCUUGCAAGUCUGAACACUCUAUAUCUUUCUAGCAAUCAACUCACCGGGACAAUUCCCACUGCAAUGGGCUUCCUCACAAACCUGCAAAUCCUUGCUCUCUCUCACAACUACCUCACAGGCCCUCUGGUGAACCUCCCGCCCAUCCGAGUGGACCUAUCAGACAACUACCUGUCGGGUGUUGUGUCCGCACCAGACUGCCAGCGCUACUCCAUCGCAGCCAACUGCUUCACACCAAGCAAAACCUGCAAUCCUGAGUUGCAGCGGCCAGCAGCGCAGUGCAUAGCGUUCUGUGGCAUCUCUCCAACCACUGCUGCCUGUGGUGGUCGCGGCGUGUGCUACCCGGACGGGCCCAGCUUGGUGCCAACAUGCCUGUGUGGUGCGGGAUUCUUGCGACUUGGAAGAAUCAACUGUAGCCCUGGAGUCCCCCCAAGGAGCAUCCUCCCACCAUUCGCGAUUCUGACCAAGGGCACGAAGAAGGAGACUGCGGGGAAGUUUGUGGCGAAGCCAGUGACUUUGUUUAUGUACCAGCCUGGUGUGACUUCAGGAUGCGGCUUGGAAUUGGCCUUCAAAGUAAACUUCACCUUUGCUCUCGUGCCCCAGUCUGGUACUACCGGGUCCAACGGCUUCGCAUUUGUCAUCGCAGCAAAGCCCAAGGCGGGGAAGCCAGGUGGUGUGGGGUACAAAGGAAUGGGACCUCGGAGUAUGGCUGUUGUCUUCGACACGCUUCAGAAUGAUGCGGGCGAGCAGCACGUGGGGCUGAGCGUCAACGGCACAGAAGAACCCUUGGUCAAGGAGGUGUCACCGUACGCUCUAACCGACGGCAAUGCAUACACGGUGUGGGUGGAUUAUGAUCCUGGUGCUCCCAACAGCAUUCAAGUGUUCCUGGCAAACUCAUACGUGAAGCCAGUGGGGCCGCUGCUGCAGGGGAGGGUGUCGCUGUGUGCGGUGCUGCAGCCGGGAGUGAGGCAACCGGCGUUCUCGUUUGGCUUUGUGGCCUCCACCACUGUGAAGCCCUUCCAGCUGCAGGGCAUUUACUCCUCCGCUGUGCAAACAGGCGCUCCAUCACCCAAGCCAGUCCAGUUCAAUGAGCAAGCCCUCGGCCUCUCACUGUCACAGGCCACAUUUGCACCGUCUCGAGCCAGUCCCUUUUCGCGCUAUGUGAGUGCGGACUUCAAGCUGUCGGCCACCAGAGCGGACUCGUGGAGCAUCCGUGACUUCCACACGUGGGACUCCGUGCCCUUCCUCAACUGGCCUGUCAAGAACCAAAACGACUGCAAUGCGUGCUGGGCGUAUGCGGUGGUGGCGAGUGUGGAGGCGGCAUACGGCAUUGCAAAGCAGCAGAGCGCUCCCCGGCUUGCAGUGGAGGCGCUCUUCGCCCUCAUGGGCCUUUCCGACUCCGACAAGUGCUCUGCUGGCGGCUCCCCCACCCACGCCCUUGAGACGCUCACAGCUCUCGAUGCCUCCAGUGGACUCACAGGGGAGAGGGACCUGGCCUUUGAGACGCUCGCUGCCCUCUAUGCCUCCAGUGGGCUCACAGUGGCCACUGACCCGGCAACAAGGUACCCAGUGCAGGCGUUUGAGCGAGCGCAGUUCAAGGGGUAUGUGGGGCUCAUGCUGGCAGUGCAGCGGCAGCCAGUGGUGGUUCACAUCGAGGCGUCUCCAACCUUCAUGCAGUAUGAUGGGGAUCCUGGUUGCUACACGGGCAGUCUCAACCAUGUUGUACUCGUUAUUGGCUACUUCAUUACAAGAAAUGAUGGCAGCCAGAACCGCAUUGCUCCUCCGUUUUGGAUCAUCCGCAACUCGUGGGGAGAGGAUUGGGGCAACAGGGGCCACAUGCGCAUGGACAUUCAGGGAGGGGAUGGCGUGUGUGGCAUCAACGUGCUGCCUGGCAUCUACCCCAUUGUCAAGAUUCCAGGGGACCCCUGCGGCCAGAGCAGCUACAAGGGCGAUGGGGAUUUGCAGCCCAGCAUGAACCCAUGCGGCCGCUUCCAGUGCCAGGGGACGACACCAAGCAGCAACAACUGCACCUGCAAUAUUCCUACUGCUGCUGUGCAGCCUUUUGUGGAGGUUGGCAAUGGAAUUGGCUCCACAUGUGCUUAUGUGGACGUGUGUGGGUCAUACUUCAAGAACCCUUGCUAUGUGGGAGCAUGCAUCAACGAUGGCAAGGGCGCCUACUCCUGCAUCUGCCCUCCCAACCACGUUCAGAGCACAACAGUUGACGGCUUCCCCACCUGCGAUCCAGCUAAUACCACGGCCACCACAAUGACAGUCAGUGGAGACAACUGGUGGUGCUCGGAUGUUCAUGUGCUUACUGGCCUCUCAUUGAUUGACUUCACAGACCAAAAUAGAGACCUACUGAGGAGAGGAGGCCUUUCCUGUGCGCAAUGUGGUAUAGAGUUCUCAUUCAAAUGCACGUUUCUCCGAAUGCAGGGAAUUGACUGCAGCCAGCCAUUGCCCAAGGGCAGUGUGCUUCAGCUGGAUGGUACUCCUGCCACACCCUGCACUGCCUUCUUCUACUCCCUCAAUGGCGACACUUGUGCAUCCAUCAGCACAUCGCUCAACCUCAAAUACGGAGAUCUCGCUACUCACAACCCCGGUCUUGACUGCUCCAAGCCCAUCAAGGCGGGCCGCUCUGUGUGCCUCGAGCGCAGUGCUGCCUUCGCCUUCACCGUACCCGAGUGUGUCCGAUUCGGCACGCUCACACCUCAAGACACAUGCGAGCAGCUGCUGCAAAGGACCAGCAAGAGCGUGCCCCCUUCGGAAGCCAAUUCCAAUGACAAUUCACCAGGGGGUGCCAGUGCCAGUGAGAAUGCAUGGGCUGCACUGUACCGCAACAAUCCUGGCCUCACUUGCGCCGCCACUAUCCCUUCCUCUGCCUCCGCUAUCGGCAGCAACAUUGGUGUGCAGGUUUGCCUCAGGGCAGAGUAUUGGCCUUUCACGGUGGGUUUAUGCAAGAAGGGUAGGGCCAAGCCUGUCCAGCGGACAAUGGCAUGCUCAGCUGCUUACAGCUUCUAUGGUGGGCCUACCUCAACAGCAAUCGCACGGUUUUAUGAGUACAACGGUAGACCCGUCCUGCGCGUUGGUGAGCCAUCGCAUGGCAAGCAUUGGUGCUCGCGGCUGCCAUCACCAUCACCCUUCAUUCACCCAUGCUCGCCCCGCCCCAUCUCCUCGCUCACACCACACCCCUCGAUACCGCCGUCCGCUCGCCGCACCGACAUGCCCGCCGCCCUCUCCGCGUGGGUGUGCCUCGCGCUCAACGUUUCCGCCGCCUGCCACCUCCUGCUGCUCCCCCCGCGCGGCUCCCUUCCCCCCACCGCGCAUUCCCGCGCGUCGAACACUGGCCAAUUAGACGCGGGCUAUGAAGAUCGAGGCGAAGUGCGCGCCUCUCUUAGCACGUCACCGGCUUCACGCUCACCCUCUGCUGGCCUUACCUGCUGCUCUGUCCCCCUCGUUCCCCCCUCUCCUUCCCCUUGUUUCCCCCUCUGCUCCCCCUCGUUCCCCCCUCUCCUUCCCCUUGUUUCCCCCUCUGCUCCCCCUCGUUCCCCCCUCUCCUUCCCCUUGUUUCCCCCUCUGCUCCCCCUCGUUCCGCCCUCUCCUUCCCCCCUCUGCUCCCCCUCGUUCCCCCCUCUCCUUCCCCUUAUUUCUCCCUCUGCUUCCCCUUGUUCCCCCCUCUCCUUCCCAUCAUUUUCCCUUCUGAUCCCCCCUGUUCCCCCAACUCCUACCCCUUGUUUCCCCCUCGGCUCCCCCUCGUUCCCCCCUCUCCAUCCCAUCAUUUCCCCCUCUGCUUCCCCUCGUUCCCCCUCUCCAUCCCCUGAUUUCCCUCCCCUUUCCCCCACUGCUCCCUCUCAUCACCUCCCCUGCUCCCUCUCAUUACCUCCCCUGCUCCCUCUCAUCACCUCCCCUGCUCCCUCUCAUUACCUCCCCUGCUCCCUCUCAUCACCUCCCCUGCUCCCUCUCAUCACCUCCCCUGCUCCCUCUCAUUACCUCCCCUGCUCCCUCUCAUCACCUCCCCUGCUCCCUCUCAUCACCUCCCCUGCUCCCUCUCAUCACCUCCCCUGCUCCCUCUCAUCACCUCCCCUGCUCCCUCUCAUCACCUCCCCUGCUCCCUCUCAUCACCUCCCCUGCUCCCUCUCAUCACCUCCCCUGCUCCCUCUCAUCACCUCCCCUGCUCCCUCUCAUCACCUCCCCUGCUCCCUCUCAUCACCUCCCCUGCUCCCUCUCAUCACCUCCCCUGCUCCCUCUCAUCACCUCCCCUGCUCCCUCUCAUCACCUCCCCUGCUCCCUCUCAUCACCUCCCCUGCUCCCUCUCAUUACCUCCCCUGCUCCCUCUCAUCACCUCCCCUGCUCCCUCUCAUUACCUCCCCUGCUCCCUCUCAUCACCUCCCCUGCUCCCUCUCAUCACCUCCCCUGCUCCCUCUCAUCACCUCCCCUGCUCCCUCUCAUCACCUCCCCUGCUCCCUCUCAUUGCCUCUCUUCUCAUCUUUUCGCCCUCUGCUUCCCCUCGUUUCUCCCUCUCUUUCCGUUCAUUAG